AUGCCGUCCCUGGUCUCCCAGGGCAAAAUCCUCCGGUUGGAGCUCGAGAACUUCAAGUCCUACAAGGGCUUCCAAACAAUCGGCCCCUUCUAUGACUUCACGGCGAUCAUUGGGCCCAACGGAGCCGGUAAAUCCAACCUCAUGGACGCUAUAAGCUUCGUGCUCGGCGUACGGACGGGCCACCUCCGUGGGGCCCAGUUGAAGGACCUGAUCUAUGCCUUCGACGACAAGGAGAAGGACCAGAAGGGCCGCAGGGCCUAUGUUCGCUUGGUUUACCAGCUGGCAAAUGGGUCGGAGCUUCAGUUCACGCGGGCCAUUACCGGCUCCGCCGGCAGCGAGUACCGAGUUGAUGGGGCGUCUGUGUCGUGGGAAGAAUACAAUGCUAAGCUCAGGUCCCUUGGAAUUCUUGUCAAGGCCCGCAAUUUCCUCGUCUUUCAGGGUGAUGUGGAGUCCAUUGCUUCUAAAAAUCCGAAGGAACUCACUGCACUUCUUGAGCAGAUCUCUGGGUCUGAUGACCUCAAGAGAGACUAUGAAAAAUAUGAAGAAGAAAAAGCCAUAGCUGAAGAAAAAUCAGCUCUUGUUUAUCAGAGAAAAAGAACAAUAGUGUUGGAGAGGAAGCAAAAGAAAGAGCAAAAGGAAGAAGCUGAGAAAAACCUCCGCUUGCAAGAUCAAUUGAAAUCAUUGAAGAGAGAACAUUCUUUAUGGCAGUUGUUCAACAUAGAAAAAGAUAUUACAAAAAUGACUGAGGAGCUUGAAGCUGAAAAGAGAAGCCGCGAAGAAGUUAUGCAAGAACUAGUUGAGUUCCAGCAAGAAGCAAGCAAAAAGAAGAAAGAACAAGCAAAAUAUCUGAAAGAGAUUGCACAAUGUGAAAAGAAGAUUUCUGAGAGAAGUAAUAAACUUGACAAAAGUCAACCAGAGCUUCUGAAACUGAAAGAGGAAAUGUCUCGUAUAAAUGCAAAAAUCAAGAAAAGUGAGAAGGAGCUUGCUAGGAAAGAACAAGAAAGGAGAAGACAUAAAGAGGAUGUAAAGGAGCUGCAGAAGGGCAUACAGGAUCUGACUGCAAAACUAGAGGAUUUACAUGAAAAAGCUCGAGACAGUGGGGAUAAAUUGAAGUUAGAUGAUACUGAAUUAAGGGAAUAUUUUCGAAUCAAGGAGGAUGCUGGUAUGAAAACUGCAAAGCUAAGAGAUGAGAAAGAAGUUCUGGAUAGGCAACAACAUGCUGAUCUUGAAGCUCAAAAGAAUCUGGAAGAAAAUCUUCAACAGUUGAGAAGUCGGUUGGGUGAACUGGAAUCACAAGAGGAACAAAUGCUAACAAGGCAGAGAAAAAUUAAAGAAAAUUCUACGAAACAUAGGGAUGAAGUUAAAAGUCUGAAUAAUGAACUGCAUGCAAUGCAAGAGAAGCAUUUACAUGCCAGACAAAAACAUGAGAACCUGAAGUCAAAAAUUGACGAAAUAGAAAAGCAACUACGUGAAUUGAAGGCUGACAGAUAUGAAAAUGAGAGGGAUUCCAGGUUGUCUCAGGCAGUCGAGACUCUCAAACGCCUGUUUCAUGGUGUCCAUGGCCGCAUGACUGAUCUCUGUAGGCCAACACAAAAGAAGUAUAACCUUGCUGUUACUGUUGCUAUGGGUAAAUUUAUGGAUGCAGUUGUAGUUGAGGAUGAACAAACGGGAAAGGAAUGCAUCAAGAUCCACAGUAAAGAAUGCAAUGCUGUUACUGAUCCAUUUGCGUUCUUGCAGUAUUUGAAAGAACAAAGGCUUCCUCCUCAGACAUUCAUACCUCUUCAGUCUGUCCGUGUAAAGCCAGUAAUGGAGAGAUUGCGCAACUUAAGUGGUACUGCGAAGCUGAUAUUUGAUGUAGUCCAAUAUCCUUUAUCAAUAUUAAACUGUGAGUUUGUGCAUGAAAAUCUGAAAAAGCUGCUUUUAAUUUGUGGACUUAACAACCACACAUUUGAUCCUGCCUUGGAGAAGGCAAUUCUAUUUGCGGUUGGCAACACUCUUGUUUGUGACGAACUUGAUGAGGCUAAGCGUCUCAGCUGGACUGGCGAGAGGUUCAAAGUUGUAACUGUUGAUGGAAUUCUGCUUGCGAAAUCCGGCACAAUGACUGGUGGUACCAGUGGUGGAAUGGAAGCAAGGUCAAAUAAAUGGGAUGACAAAAAAGUUGAAGGAUUGAAGAAGAAGAAAGAACAGUUUGAGUCAGAGCUGGAAGAGCUUGGAUCAAUUAGAGAGAUGCAGAUAAAAGAGUCUGAGACAACUGGUAGAAUUAGUGGACUUGAGAAGAAGAUCCAGUAUGCAGAGAUUGAGAAGAAAAGCAUUAAGGACAAACUUGCAAACUUGGCACGGGAGAAGCAGAAUAUAAAAGAAGAGAUCGAUCGUAGCAGUCCUGAACUUCUGAAGUUAAAGCAAGCUGUAGAUAAGCGGAGCAAAGAAAUCAAUAAGCUUGAGAAGAGGAUAAAUGAAAUUGUUGACAGAAUCUACAAAGAUUUUAGUAAAUCUGUUGGGGUGGCAAACAUCCGUGAGUACGAGGAAAAUCAACUCAAGGCUUCCCAAUAUAUGGCUGACGAGAGGCUUAGUUUGAGUAGCCAGCUGUCAAAGUUGAAAUACCAAUUAGAGUAUGAGCAAAAUCGGGACAUGGAAUCGCGGAUUAAAGAACUUCAACAUUCUAUUAGUAAUUUGCAAAAGGAUUUAGAACGGGUUCAGAAGAAAGAGGCUGAAGCCAAGUCAGUGGCUGAAAAAGCUUCUGGUGAAAUUCUUCGAUGGAAGGAAGAAGUACAAGAAUGGAAAUCCAAGUCAGAAGGGUGUGAGAAGGAAAUCCAGGAAUGGAACAAGCGGGGUUCUACAGCUACAACAAGCGUAUCCAAGCUUAAUCGACAGAUAAAUUCCAAGGAGGCACAGAUUGAGCAGCUGAUGUCACGGAAGCAGGAAAUAGUAGAAAAAUGUGAACUAGAACAAAUAAGCCUACCCAUCAUCUCAGAUCCAAUGGAGACUGAAUCCUCCACAAUGGGCCCAGUUUUUGAUUUUAGUCAGUUAAAUAGGUCUCAAUUGCAGGAUAGAAGGCCCUCUGAACGGGAGAAACUUGAGGUGGAAUUUAAGCAAAAAAUGGAUGCCCUAACAUCGGAAAUCGAAAGAACAGCUCCAAAUAUGAAGGCCCUGGACCAAUACGAGGCUUUAAAAGAAAAGGAAAGGGGUGUGACUGAAGAGUUUGAAGUGGCUAGAAAAGAAGAGAAAGAAAAAGCUGAUCUGUUUAACUCAGUUAAGCAGAAGAGGUACGAAUUGUUUAUGGAUGCAUUCAACCAUAUAUCUAGUAAUAUUGAUAAGAUAUACAAACAACUCACGAAGAGCAACACACAUCCACUGGGUGGAACGUCGUAUUUGAAUUUAGAAAAUGAAGAUGAUCCAUUUUUACAUGGCAUCAAGUAUACCGCUAUGCCCCCAACAAAGCGCUUUCGUGAUAUGGAACAAUUAUCUGGUGGAGAAAAAACUGUUGCAGCAUUGGCAUUACUCUUUUCGAUACACAGUUUUAGGCCUUCACCAUUUUUCAUACUGGAUGAAGUCGAUGCUGCACUAGAUAACUUAAAUGUUGCUAAGGUUGCUGGAUUCAUCCGUUCAAAGUCCCGUGAAGGAGCCAGGGAGAACCAGGAUGAUGAUGGAGGCAGUGGUUUUCAGAGCAUCGUAAUAUCUCUAAAAGAUAGCUUCUAUGACAAGGCUGAUGCUUUAGUUGGGGUUUACAGGGACUGUGAAAGGAGAAGACUAAGAUUUGUGGCUGUUGGGAUUGUUUUAUUAGGCAUGGGAAUCAGCAGUUAG